ACACCGGAUGCGACGCCGACUAGAGCAAGGGCGGCUGUGGGUAGUGGCACUUCUGCCGAGCAGGAAUCGCGGCCGACAACAGCAGAGUCGACCUCGGGGCAAUCCGUUGCUCCUGCUCCCAAUGGCGAAGGGCAAAGGGUCAAAAAGAUCAAGAUUGUCGCCUCGUCUGGGCAACAGUUUCUCGAGGGACCCAAGAGCAGCAGCCUGUCCCCGUCCAAGAAACGGCCCACCAUUGUUCUCAAGAAUUCUCCUACAAAGACAAAGAUCGAGGAACGCCAGUCUGACCCGGACGAGGCUGACGACGAGUCGGAAGGUGAAGCGGAAGGGGAAGCCGAAAAGGAACGCGAAGUCGAAGAGGAAGAAGCACAAGAGGACAACGACAAGGAAAAGACCCACGACAGCAUCACCGCCAAAUCACCCCCUGCCCAAGUCGUUGUCGUCAACAACCAGCAGAAGGACAACGACCAAGUUGAUAACCCCGCAGAGGAAGAGGCUACCUCGGACAUCGGCUCCACGCUCGACUACGACGGUUACACCUCGUCCGAUUCCAUCAGCGGCGACCGGCUAAUGGAGAACGACUGGCAACUCAACCAAGUCCGCACACGCUCCAAGGGCACCAACCCGCGUGUCACGCAGUACUGGCACUGGGUUAAAGACGAGAACCAGCACCCGUACCCACGCCGACCAUCGUCCAAGUCCAAGCACCGCCGCGCGCAUCACCACGAGGACAACGGCCCGAACCAGCGUGUGGUCAUCGAGCACCAGGUCCUCGAGGACGUGGGACCCAUCAAGUGGUCCGUCUUCAAGAAGCCGUGUAACUUCCAUCUGAAACUGGCCGAUAUCGAGGAGGUGUCUCACGCUCCCGGUUCUACCAAGGUGGUAGUGACGCAUAAGAAGGGCAAAGACGGGCGUGAUGUGGGGCCGCGCGGGGAUGUGAUGGCGCAGUUUAGGCGGGAUCGGACCAAGAGGCGGUUUUUAAGGUUUUUGGUUCGGGAGAUGGGGAUAAGGGUUGUUGCGAGGAGUGUUGAGGCGAUAGAAGCGACUUGGAACUCUAUCGAUCCCGAGAUACUUCCUGGGCCGGAUUCGGAUUAA